AGUGAGGCCCUCGGAAUGAUUGAUGAUCUCGCCUCUCCUGGCGUCGUGGAGAAAGGCAUCCCGGCCUCUAGGUGGCGCUGCCGCGGUGCUUUCAAGGACUCCGGACAGACUGCCCAGGCAAGGCCAUUCCGCAGCAGCGUUCUCUUGCUCGCGGCAGUCAUGCUGGCUGCGAGGUUAGCGAUAUGCCGGCAGCCCUUCCUCCCGUCGCCGCGUGUGCUGCUGCUGCUCAGGGGGGUCCCGGUCGACCACGCUUCGUUUCAUUCUUCGGCGCAGCAGCUCGGCGGGGCCAAAGUUGCUGUGGUUCUCUCAGGAUGCGGUGUUUAUGACGGCACUGAAAUCCAUGAAGCUUCAGCCAUAUUGGUCCAUUUGAGCCGUGGAGGAGCCAGCGUUCAGAUGUUUGCUCCAAAUAUUUCUCAGAUGCAUGUUAUAGACCACUGCAAAGGGCAGCCAGCUACAGAUGAAACAAGGAACGUAUUAUCAGAAUCGGCAAGGAUUGCUCGUGGCAAAAUUACAGAACUUAAUAAACUUACUGCAAAAGAUCAUGAUGCUGUGAUAUUUCCUGGGGGCUUUGGAGCUGCCAAAAACUUAUCCACCUUUGCUGUAGACGGGAAGGACUGUAAGGUGAAUGGAGAAGUUGAGCGUGUGUUGAAAGAUUUCCACAAAGCUGGGAAGCCCAUUGGUCUGUGCUGCAUUUCACCUGUUUUGGCUGCAAAAGUUAUCCCUGGUACUGAAGUCACAGUAGGGCAUGAAGAAGAGGAAGGUGGUAAAUGGCCUUAUGCUGGAACUGCUGGGGCCAUUAAAGCAAUGGGAGGAAAACACCAUGUUAAAGAAGUAACAGAUGCGCAUGUGGAUGCAAACAACAAGGUGGUUACUACUCCUGCCUAUAUGUGUGAAACAGAAAUGCAUCACAUCUUUGAUGGUAUUGGGACUAUGGUAAAACAUGUGUUGAAACUGACAGGCAAAUGAAAUAGAUAUCCAUGCUACUAACAUUAAUUUGCAGAUUUGGCAGUACUGGUUUAGUAAUAGGAUUGAUUUCCGUAGAAACAUGUUCAAGGUUGCAUUGCGCUAACUUGUUUAAUUGAAGGUUGCUGGAACUGUUUAGGGUUGUGAAAUAAUUUUCAGUAGCCUUCAGGCCACACAACUGACCUACCCUAAACCCAUUUGCUGCACAGUGAAGUGUAAUAGAUGAAACUGAAUAUAAUCUAUAAGACAUUUUAUUACUUACCAUGGUCCCAUCAUGUAAAAUAUUGAUGUACAAAAGUGAGGUGGAAUAAAUUAAUGAUCUAAAAAUCGUGGAGCUCAUUAUGUGGAUUGCUAAUCAUGGUAAAGUCUCCAGCAAAGCUGUAAUCAAGAAUUGCAAGGUUAGGAACUCCUCACUUGGUGCAACUUCUGGACAGGUACAAUGAAAUUUCUGGGUCUUGUCAGAUCCUAAAUAAUUAGAAUAUUUCCACACCCUGGAUAAAUAAAGAUUGUUUGAAUUAGCAUUGUAGCCCUCAGAGGACAGAAAUCUUGAAAUAAAAUAAUGCAUUUAUUACUGGCCUAAUUGUAUCUGACUUGAUUUCACAAAAUCAACAAGAUUGCAAAUAAAAAAGUGGUAAUUUGCCCUAAAUACACCAAAAACAGUUGUGGAAAUAGGUAUGUCUGUGUACAGCCCAUCUUCACCAAAGCUUUGUUUUGUUAUGAGAACAACCCUGGACGGGUUUGGACUUGGGAGCUCUCCUUCCUGCCUAUAUGCUCCCUAGUUUGGAACAAACUAUUGUUGCAACCAGAUUGUGGCAAAUGGCAACGUGCAGCAUGUUCUGAAACAGGAGGUCUUCAGCAUCCAAGGGGCACCCCAGUGUUCUUGUAGCUGUGCAAUAUGUGCCAAUGAACAGCCAUUUGCUCCAAACCAGAACAUUCCCUCCAUUCUGACCACAUAAGAGAAGGGGGGGGGAGUAGCACAUAAUCCAGAGCUUGUCUUAUAACCUGUUAGCCAUGGGCUGUUCAUUAUAUAUGAUUGCAGAUGUUGUGUAUGAUUCAAUUCCUUUCUAAAGUUGGCAGAUGCAAAAAAAUGAAAAUUAUUCUUUAAAAUAGUGGCCAAUAGAGGGCACUGUUUCUGUUUCUUUUCAUUUUCAAGUGUGCAGUUUUCCAUCUGAUAUUAACAAGAAUUAAAGAAUACAUAUGGCUUAUAAAA